UAGCAAAUUAGUUUUCAAUCUGAAUUCUAACUAAAACCCUUCACAUCUUGUCAUUAAAAGUAGUUAUAAUGUAAAAAUGUAAUGAAGUACUAUAUCUAUAGCCCUACCAUUUCAGGCUGGUCUAACACGUGCCUAUCCGUUUCAUCAGCCAAUAAAGAGUUGAAGGGGUUUGUCAGUCAUGUUAUUUCUCAAAUCAUGAUUGGCUGCUGUUUUCUCCUCGUUCUCUCCUGCCACACAUCCUAAACUAAGGAGAGCGGCCGGGAUUGUGAAAGUACCGGUACAUAAGGAUCGGGCGAAUUGACUUUGAGUGAGAACAAUAACCAUGAAGCCCAUGCUGUGCAGCGGUCAUAGAUGAUUCAUUUUCUUAUUCAGAUUGUAAGGAUGAUCCUGGAACAUGCAGGUUUAGACAUGGACUCUGCAUUUUGGACAGACAAGCCCUACGGGUCCUCUCGGAGCAUUGUAAGGAGAAUAGCUACCAGCCUUCCACUGAAACCAUGCCCUAGAGUUCAGUUUCAGCUUCACCCAUACCCUCAAGAAGCAGACAGUCCUAACCAGACAUCUGAUGAAAAUGGGAUAGUAGCUUCCCUCGCAGAUGUUGCCUGGAUUGCUGAGUUUGAAGGAGAAUCUUUUACAAGACUCGGGUCUGAUGUUCUUCCUGGAUUUAUACUUGCUUCUCAGCAACUACACCGGCUUGGAAAACCUCUUGCCAGACAAGUAUCUUUACCAAACAUAACCAGAGAAGAGCUGGAACCUAAGAGCUCAGUGUUUGCUAAUGAUGAGGCGAUACAGAAAAUCAGUGCACUUGAAAAUGAACUUGCCCAGCUUCGACAACAAAUAGCUAAGAUUGUAAUGGUGCAAGAACAGAAUACGUUGACUGCUGCUGGGUCCUUAACCCCAUUGACCAUGCCGCCUCCUCCUCCUCCUCCUCCACCUCCACCACCACCACCUCCUCCACCAGGUCUUCAGCGCAGUUUCUCUGCCAUUGAUCUGAUCAAAGAGCGACAAGGAAAAAAACCCAGCUCUGAUCACGCACUCCUGGACUCUGGGCCCAAACAGCCAGCAAUACCAAACAUGUUAGAUAUUCUGAAAGACAUGACCAAAGUGAAGCUACGGGCUGUAAAACCAAUGGAAGGCACAUCAAAAACAAAACCAGGUGACCCAGCAGAUGCAGCAGCUCUAAUAGCAGAGGCUCUAAAACGAAAAUUUGCUCAUCGCUAUAGGAAUGAUGGUGAAAGUGAAAAGCAAAUGAAAAUUCCAACUUCUGAAGGGAACACUGCUACAGAGAAUCCAUGUUUUGGACAACACAUGCUGAAAUCCACUGGCAAAAGAAAGGUUUUAGUAAGCAGCAUCUCUAAACCUUAAAAGCACUAGGAAAAUAAGGCCUCUAUUUGAAGGAAUGGCUCUCCUCUCAACUUUUAGUUUAUAAGGGAAGUUCAAGUAGCUUCAAAUUACCUUUUUUAUGAAGUUUGCAAUGGUUCUGUGUGAUUUUUUUUGUAAUUACAAAAAAUCUAGUCUUCUUUUUAGUUGGGUCUUUAACAGGUCUCUGUUUUCAAGGUGCUGUUCUUCAGUUCAAGUUUCCAGCCUUGAACAAAUAACAUAGGCUAGAUUUGUGUCUUUAAUAUUGGUAAGCACCAGAAUCCUCUUGUGGAUAGAAUUUCCUAUCGUACUGCAGGCAGUACAUAGUAGGUCUACACUAGAUGGCGCUGCUGCUUACUAACAAAAAUACAAAAUACACACACAAAAAUAUAUAUAUAUAUAUAUAUAUAUAUAUAUAUAUAUAUAAUGUGUGUGUGUGUGUGUGUGUGUCUGUAUAUAUAUAUGAGUUAUUGCUAUAAGAACCACUCAGAAUCAUUUCACAUUCAUAAAAAGUUACAGGGGCAGCAGAAACAUAACUGCAUAGAUUGAACCAGCUUACUCUUUUUAAAGUUUGAAGUUUAUAGAAUACUAAAUUGCUCAAGAAAUGUAUUUUUUUUUUUUUUGUGAUGCUCUCUUUUUAGUUGAAUAACUUAAGAAGCAUUGACUCACUAUUUUUUUUAAAGCCCUACCAAUUUAGUGUUUUAAAAGAUUGCCUUUUUUUUAGUGUUUCAUAAAGUGUGCCAAGUGAGUACAGUACAACUUUAACAAAACAGUUUAAAUGCUACACUAGUGAUUUUUUAAAAAUUAUUUAUUUUUGUGAAAUAUAAAAAUGUACUUUUCUUUUCUUGGUACUUUUUGGAAUAAAAUAUCACAUUCCCGUGUUUGACAGAGAACACUUCCACAAUACAUAAAGGGUAACACCUUCAUGUGAACUCAUAGGAGUAACAUCUGUAACAAAACUUCUAAUAGAAGAAUCCGUGAAACACCACUUUCAAAUCCCAAGGAGGGAAAAUACGUAUUUUGGGAGAUCUAAUCUGUGUUAAUGCUGACCACCUUAAUACAUUAAUAAUAAUGUGUCAUCUUGUGCAUUAUGAAGAACUAUGAAGCAAAUAUGAGCAAAUCUGUUUGUGAAAUGAUAUCUAUACACAACCCUUUUACAAAAACAAAGAUCACACUCUAACUUCUUUUGAACAAAAAAAUGAUGGUAUUGUCUUGUUUUUUUAAUCUUAGAAUUGUGCAGUAUGUAUUCAUAUCCGAGACCCUAAUUUAUCUGCCAACUUGCAAUGCUUUUCAGUGCCAACUUCCCAACAAAGGCCUUAGGACAUUGGAGGCUAUUGGUUGCUUUUUAAGAUGGUUAGUUUUGUGUGUUGAUUGUCCCAUCAAAAUGUGUCCAUUUGGUCUAAAGUAAGGGAGUUAAGCCUGGGACAGACAGGUGCAGCGCGGCACCGCUGGGCAUUUUCACAGUGCGAUACCGCUAGUCCGCGCCCGGGCACACAUGAGUGGUAUGCACUACACGACUGACUUUUCUUACAAUAUUGUAGAAAAAUGUAAUGUUACAGUAGUUGUCAGUAUAUAUAAUUUACAUAUAUGGCCAAAAGUCUUGUAUCACCUAGUAGAAUAUUAGGAUGCAGACAUCAUUAUGAAUGCACUUUCAUUAUUUUGUUUAACAUCAUGCAAUCAAAGACACUACAAAACAUCACACAAGUCUACCUGAAACUACAAUAGUAGUACAGUACUUCAUGUUACAUUUCGAAAUGUCACAUUUUUAAAUUUUUGGAAAACUACAAAGCGAUAUGUAAUUCAAUAUGUUGAAAUAAUUAUUCUAUAGCUGUAAUGCCCUGAUAUAAUCUGAUAAACAAACCAGUGUUUUUAUUUAGUAAAGUUGUUUUUCUGUCAUCUAUACGCAGGUGUAUGAAAUGAGAGGUCAACUUAGCAAAGAAACAUACAAUACACUGACAGCAAGUAGCCUACUACAAAAGUGUUAGAAAAUAUAUCCUUUUACAGCCAGUUAUUUAGUAAAAAUAGUAGUGAACUACUACAGAAAUAAUAAAGGCAAAACAUGAUAACAGUAUCAAAUUGGCUAUAGGAUAGAUGCUUAUCAGAGGUGAUGUAUAAAAUACUGAGCUGCCUGUCCAUGUAUGAAAUAUGGGAGGGAUCAAACACUUCAGGGUGUUUGGACACCUCUGUAGACAACAUUUUCAUUCAUGAAUUUUCGUGCCAAGCAUGUGUUGUCAGCACUUGGCUGUGAUUGGUUAAUCCACACACUGUACCGCACGGCAGCCAAAAAAUAAUCCCUCUGGAUUCGAUUUGAGUGGCACCGCUCAGCGUCACUGCAGGACUUGCGGUAUCAUUUUUGCCGCCUGUGUGCUACACAGUGCUGAUCUGUCCCGGGCUUUACACUACAAGUUAUUUGAUUUGGUGAUUUCAAGAACAAAGGCCUAUAGGAAUGAGGAUUGAUAUCAGAAAGAAAAAAAAAACUAUUACUUACACAUUUGUGGCUAUUAUUAACUGUCCCAAGCAUUGAAGUGAAGUGAUUAUUUUUUUUCUUCUUUUUUUUUUUUGAGAAAUGACAAAGCUUUUUUGUAUCCAGUUCCUUGUCUUGCAAGGACUUAUUUGGGUAUUUAUCUAGUAAUCAAUAGUAACUGAUCAGUUUGUAUGUGUAAGUAGGACAAGGAGUGGGAGAGAGAUAGGAUAAUUGUUACAGUAGGCUAUAGUGUUUGAAACGAUCAAAGGUAAAUAGGAUAGUGGUAACAUUAUUAGAACAAAUAACAUUUAGUAAGAGACUGUUUUUUGGUUUUUUUUGGUUUUUUCAUUUAGCAUACUUCCUCCAUAAAACCCAUUUUAUAAAACAAGUGUUGCACUCAUUUCACUGGAGCAAUUGAAACAUUUAUAUUGAAAAUGACACAUUUUAGCAGUGCACUUUAUUUAGGUACAUGGGAUUGUAGUGAAUGAGUACUAUCCUUGGAACGCUCCAGAGCAGUGCAAAUAAAUUGGAGCAUAGCAUUCCUCAUGCUUUUUUGCUUUAUGAUUUUAUUAUUUCCAUCAAUAAGAACUUUUUAUUUUAAAUUAAAAACACAUUUUUCCAGCUGUUUCUAUUCUGUAUUAAAGUAGUUAUGCAUGGCACAAAAUAAAUUAAAUUGUGUUGGGUAACAGCCUUUGAGAAUGAUUUGCAGUUGGUUUCCCAGACAAUGAUUACCAGUAAUACUGGACUACCUAACCAAACAGUAUCCUGGGUAAAAAGAUUAUUGCUUAUCAAGAUCUGUGAAACCAGCAGAAAGUGUUGUUCAUUAUUUUUUUUUUUUUAUUUUUUUUUUUUAAGUAUUCUUUGUUGUGCAAUUCUAAAAGUUCCACUACAUCUUCAAAUAUAGAAAAAUACAAUUAAAAUGAAGGGGUCUCAAAAUCCUUCGCUAUAGCAUUUUAACAAAGGACAGUGUUCCAAAUCACAUUCCAGAUAAGGUACAGUAUUUACUAAACCACUGCCAAAUCUGGAGAUUUUGGGUCUCGUGGCUCAGGAUAUAUCAUGACGUUACCUUUACCUAUUCUGUUAUUUCAUCUGGAUAAGGUUAUUAUCUAGACAUUGACAGUAAGAAAAGGAUAAAUUAAGAAUAAAUGUCAAAUUCUAGAAUAGCUGCUUCUCAGUUGUGUGGGAUUUUAUGGAUUCAAACACAGCCUGUCACACUACAUGUAUUUUAUUUUAACAAAUGGCUUUUGUAAGGAGCAUUUCUAAAUGUUAUUGUUUUGAGGUCUUUUGUAUUGGCUCUGUAAACUCAAGAUUUACACUUGAUGCAUACUGUAAUGCAGUGAUUUAAUAUUCCAAUCAACAGAUUAGACCCUCUUCUGCCUGAUUUUAUUUAAAAUAAUUUGACUAAUAAAGUAAAUCUGAAUUAA